GACCGUCUGUCUGGCGGAUUAAACUUUCACAUCCCGCAGACACACACAUGCACGCGCGCGGGGGUGCGCACAUCCGCUGUGAUGCGCAGCGCGGACACGUGUAAAAAGCUUCAGCUUGUGUACAGAAGGAUCCGCAAAGGCGAGUCUCUGGACAGGUAGUUCUCUAAAGGCUGUCCUGAUUUAUUGAAGGCCUUUAGCGGUUUUAUAGUUUCUUAUUGGACACUGACUGGUACUGAUACCAUACUGGCAUUAAGAUCAAACCACUAAACGCGUGUUUGAUGAAGUUUGUCCUUUGUUGCUCUGCUUUAUCAUUGAUAACGCUUUGAAUUAUAUAACAAAGCACUCGGAUCUUCAUUUCCUCGGUUCAUCUGGGAGUCGAAUGGCCUCUGUUGUCACCGUGAAGACAGAGAAGCGUCCUUCCCCUGACUCCGAGGAUGGAGACACAAUGGCUAAGAAGGCCAGGAAGUUGUUGCCCAGCCUGAAGACCAAGCGAGCUCCUGAGCUGGUUUUGGUGAUCGGCACAGGUGUGAGUUCAGCCGUAGCUCCUCAGGUGCCAGCGCUGCGCUCAUGGAAAGGUCUGAUCCAGGCGCUGCUAGAUGCUGCCAAUGAUUUUGAUCUGCUUGAGGAGGAAGAGAGCCGGCGCUUCCAGAAAAGUCUGCAAGAGGACAAGAACCUGGUGCACGUUGCGCAUGACCUUAUUCAGAAACUUUCACCUCGGACAGGAAAUGUACGCUCCACCUUUUUUAAAGACUGCCUGUACGAGGUGUUUGAUGACCUGGAGUGUAAGAUGGAGAACGCCGGGAAGCAUCUCCUCCGCUCGGUGCUGCAGCUGAUGGAGAGCGGUGCGCUGGUGCUCACCACCAACUUUGACAACCUGUUAGAGAUCUACGCCGCCCACCAAGGAACCAAGCUGGAGUCUCUGGAUCUCACAGAUGAGAAGAAGGUUCUGGAAUGGGCUCAGGAGAAAAGAAGACUGAGUGUACUCCAUAUUCACGGCGUCUACACCAACCCUAGUGGUAUCGUACUGCAUCCUGCUGGCUACCAGAACGUUCUGAGGAACACAGAAGUCAUGAGGGAGAUCCAGAAACUCUAUGAAACAAAGUCUUUUGUGUUCCUGGGCUGUGGGAGGACGGUGGACGACACCACAUUCCAGGCGCUGUUUCUCGAAGCGGUCAAACACAAGUCUGACCUUGAGCACUUCAUGCUGGUGAGGCGGGAGGAUGUGGGCGAGUUCAAAAAGCUCCGAGAUAACAUGCUGGACAAGGGAAUUAAGGUCAUCUCGUAUGGCAAUGAAUACGCUGACCUGCCCGAGUACUUCGAACGGCUGGCCAAUGAGAUUUGCAACCGGGACGUAGAGCGGGACAUGGUGACCAAUGGCUGGGGAUCUCCCAUCUCACCAGGAGAAGAAAGUCACAACGGCUUCACGACCCAGAAAAACCUCCUACAAGUGCCUGCUUCUAGAACAAUAGAAACAUAGAGGUGAAUUCAGCGCAAGAGCUUCUGUCGUUGUUGUUUUUCACUACACCUAUCCACUGUCCUCCUGUGGCUUCUGAAAUAAUAUUGAGAUCUUCCUCUCUCUCUGUCCAGACUACCACUCGUGACACAAGUGUUAGUCUGGGACGUCCCACAGCUCCGUCGCCCCCUUCCGCUCGGGUCUGGUUCGACUACGCACAACAAGACUCUUUCCUCAUGUUUUCUGAGCGCCGUGACAAUCGGUUGGCGUCACGCGGGGGAAAGCGUCAGUAAAAACACCACUGUGAACUCCUUUCUGAAACGCUUUACUGUAUGUGAGUGAGUGAGGGAGGGAGAUUAUUAUUAUUGUUAUUAUUUUAAAUCAGGUAUGUGAAGUGUGGACCAAGAUGACGUACAGGGCAGGCCGGUCCCAUCCUAAAACAGUUUGACCGGUCAAAUGUGCUAGAUAAAUACUGUAACGAACUGAACUGGAGAGUUUUAGCAAUGCAGUCUCACAUUCUUCAUAUCAUUAAACACACCAGCAAUAUCGUUUUAGUGAUGAAUUGAUUAAUAAAUGUCCAGGUCGUGUUUCAUUCCAACAUUAAAGACAGAGAAAAAGGGAAGAAAGUAUGAAGUGACAGCUCAUGUUAGCAAGAAUUCACCGUAUUACUGGAUUUUAUUGUGCGAUUAUAAUUAUAUUUAAAAGACUUUUUCUAUUGGGAUUUUCUUUAAAUGUGAUUUAUUUAUGUGAAUUAUUUUUCAGCAUCAUCACUUACUCGUUUCCACUGGGUGGUAUAGUUCAGUGUGGGUCAUCUUGAUCAGGCUUGUCUCUCCACUGCCAAAUGGCACCCUUUUGAUGGGUGUGGUGUACGAC